CUGACGUUACGCCUUCUUCUUACGCCUUAGCCAGCAUGUCGUCUCAACCUCUUCUUCAAUCUAAACGAAUAGCUAUUCCCGUUAGAGUCGAGCCUAAAUUUACUGUUAUAUUGGGCGGUCUUGCAAUUGGACUGCUCAACUUUGGAGAUAGAGUAGGAAGAAUAUCUGCCGCAUUAUUUACUGCCGUUGGUACACAAAAUAUUACAACUAUGCUUGUCAUGAUGUAUGCUCUACUUAUAUAUCAUUGGAGAGCUGCUAAGAUAAGGGUAAAAGAACCUGGUCCUUACGAUGAUAGAUACGGUCCUACAUUUCUUUGUAUUUUCCUUAUCGUAACGUCUGAUACUUCGCCUACAGCUACAAAUCCAUCCGAAAAUGCUCAAUUAAUUGAAGAAUUGAAAAAGCCAAGGAGGGUACUAAAAACCCACAGAAAGAGUAUUGAUGAUACAAAAGGUGUAUCGUCAACAGAUCUCCCUCCACCUUCUCUUAUGACUACUGUAGUUGAUGAAGAAGACGAUUCUAUUACCACAGAUAGUUUGAAG